AAUGGGUUCAGAAGCACCAAGCUGGGCGGAUCAGUGGAGCACCGGCGGGAUGGAUGAUGGCUACGGGAGGGGCAGCAGCACCAAUAGCAAAGAGAACAAAACUGCGAACUUGAAGGCUGCGACCGCCGCCAGGCUCGGUAAGGCUAAGUCGGCCGCGGUGGCCGGAGCCCAUCAUGCCAAGACGGCAGCCAAAGCCGGAGCGCAGAAGGUGAAGAGCGGCACAAGCACGGGAAUCAGCUGGAUCAAGAAACAGUACCACAAGAGAAGCUCCAAAUAAUGCUUUGGCUUGUUGGCUACAUUUCUUAUCAGUUUUUUUAUUCCAGUAUUAAUUUUACAUGAUAACACCAAUUAGUAUAAG